AUGGCAGGCUUGGGUGCUGGUCUAGCAAUCCGUGGUGUCGGACAUGAAGUCACCAUAUUGGAGCAAGCGCCUGCAUUUGGCGAAAUCGGCGCAGGUGUGCAAGUUCCUCCCAAUGCGGCACGCGAGCUCAUCCGAUGGGGUCUUUGUGAUAAAAUGGCCGCCAUCGCUUCUACACCCGACCGCAUCAACUAUCGCAGCUGGAAGACUGGUAAGGCGACGGGUUUCAGUAGGCUGAGCAACCAUGAACAAAGAUACGGCGCGCCGUAUUGGCAGGUCUUCCGUCCAGACUACCAUACCAUUUUGCUCGAGGCCGCGAUAGCGGCAGGUGUCAAGCUGAGACCGGGUUGCGUGGUGAGCUCUUAUGAUCCACCAAACGGCGCGGUAGUGCUAGAGUCCGGAGAGAUGGUGAAAGGAGACCUAAUUGUGGCCGCCGAUGGCGUGAAGAGUAUCGCGCGUCACGCUGUUGGUCAGGAGGUUGAACCACACGAGACUGGCGACACUUGUUUCCGGGCAGUCAUACCCGGCGAGAUGUUGCUUGCAGACCCGGAUCUCGCGUCUCUGGUCUCGACGCCUUCAUUUGAGCAAUGGCUCGGUCCUGAUCAUCACAUCAUUGGGUACAACAUGCAAAAGGACAAGAACUUCAAUCUCCUCAUGGUAAUUCCGGACGACGAAAAGAUGAAGGGUUAUAAAGCUCCUGCAACCGGCGAGGAAGUGCGGCAGGCGUUUGCAGGGUGGAGCCAAAUGACGCGUAAGCUCCUUGCCAUGAUUCCAGAAGAUGUCGAGCGGUGGCGGCUCAUCGACCUUCCGCCUGUGCAGAACUGGGUGCAUCCAUCGAAUCGCAUGGUCGUGAUUGGCGAUGCCGCGCACGCAACGCUCCCCUACCUCGCCCAGGGCGCCGCUAUGGCCAUCGAGGACGCAUCUGCGCUAGGAUUCGCCUUGUCGAAGAUCAGCAAGAGAAACAAGGUUGAUCUACCGGCAGCCUUGGCUUUCUUCUGCGCGCUUCGCCGCGAACGAGCACACACCGUCCAGCGCGGCUCUUGGACUAACCGCUUCUUCAUCCAUAUGCGUGACGGUCCGCAGUAUGAGAUGCGAGAGGAUGUUUUUCAGGCAGGGGACUAUCCUGGAAGCCCGAAUCUGAUGGGCAACUCGCUGUUCCAGGACUGGCUGUACGGUUAUGAUGUGCUACAGGAUGCCGAGAAGCAAUGGCAGCGGGCACAUGGAACGGUGUUGGCUAAACUCUGA